UGGCAGCUCCUAACCAUCAUUGCCUUGCCCACCAGUGUUUCCCGCUCAGCCAGUGUUUGGAUGUCAGGGGCCAGGUUCUGAAUGAAGACAUACUUUGUGCUGUAUCGGCAGUUUCCCCACAUCUACUGUUUUGAACUAAACAGGCUAAAUCAAACAGUUUCGUGUUGAAGGUUUUCGAUCCCUUGUGAGAUUUGUUUUUUAAAUAGGUGGAUUGCGUGUUGUGUUUGUUGACAAGGAUCGUGUUGCAGGAUACAAUCUUUGUUCUUGAUGACAGCAUGGCACCAUGGGACACCUAGCGGAGUCAUUCAUGAUUCGGAUGUUGCAUUAGGUUUCAGAUCUGAUUUUGGAGUAGUGAGCGAGCAGACGUAGGGGCUGCCCCACGAUGGAGUUAGCCCACAGCCUUCUCCUGAAUGAGGAGGCUCUCAAACGGAUACCUGAGUCCAAGAGGCCUGUCUUUGUCUUUGAGUGGCUACGCUUCCUUGAUAAAGUCCUCCGAGCUGCCCAAAAGUCGGACAUCAAAGGAAGUCAGAAUAAGCUCAUCGAGCAAUUGACCAAUCAGAUCAGUGAAUCACCGGGUCCUCCAACACGGAAAUUACUUGCACGCUGUCUGGCAACUUUGUUCAGCGUCGGUGACACAUUUGAACUGUUUAACACCAUCAACAAGUGCAAUGAUGUCAUCCGAAACAAGGAUGAUUCUCCCAGCUACCUGCCAACUAGACUGGCUGCUAUCACCUGUCUGGGUGCCAUGUAUGAAAAACUCGGCCGAAUGGUCGGCAGGUCGUUUGAAGAAACAGUACAGAUUCUCAUCAAAUCUCUCAAAAAUGCUGAGUCUCAAGGUCGCUGUGAGAUCAUGAUGACGCUGGAGAAGGUGGUGGCGGGGCUGGGGUCUGCGGGAGGGUCGUGUCACAAGGACAUCUACAAGGCGGCCCGGCAGGCCAUGACGGACAGGGCUAUGUCUGUGCGGGGAGCAGCUGCUAAGUGCAUGUAUCAACUGGUCAAUGAGGCUCCCUUUAUGUACACCAACGAGCUGGAAACAGUGGCCUCCCUUUGUUUCCGAGCACUUGAUGGCUCCAACUAUGACACCCGCUGUGCUGUUGCGAAGCUCCUCGGCAACCUGAUGGCCACAGCACAAGCACCUCGACAACCACAAGUGAGAGGGCGAUCAGUAAAGUUGAUGGAUGUGCUAAACAUACUAGCAGCGGGGUUCCUCCGAGGGGGGAUUGGCUUCCUGAAGGGGUCUACUGCCGGAGAGAUGAUCAAAGGCACUGGCAGUGUCAACAGGGAGAUACGGGUCGGAGUCACCCACGCGUACGUUGAGUUCAUCAAGUGUAUGGGUGGUCUGUGGCUGGAGAGGAACAUCUCCAUCUUCCUGAACCACAUCCUGGAGGUGGUGGCCAACCCACGGGCCACUCCGUCCCACGUAGAUGCUGUGUACGCCAGAAAGUGCGUCCUCUUCAUCAUCCGCUCCGCCAUUGGGGGCAUGCUGGGAGAGAAGGCACAGAUCGCCGCGGCCAAAGAAAUAUGUCAGAUCAUCAUCAAGCAAAUGAACUCAGUUGGUGAAGCUACCAUCGACGCUGCGGAAGGGAAGUCCCAGGGUGCGGAUCUCACCGCCAGUCAGCAUGUGUUGGUGUGUGCUCUGCAUGAACUCGGCAGCCUGGUGCUCAGGCUGGGCAGCUCAGCAAGUCCACUUGUUGCUGAACCCGCUACAGGUAUCAUUGAGCCUGUGGUGUCUGUGCUCAUCCAUCCAAGUCAUGCUGCCCGUCUGUCGGCGUCGUGGUGUCUGGGCAGCAUCGCUGUAGCUCUGCCGUCACAGUUGACGCCCCUGCUGGACCGGUGCGUGGAGAGGAUGGAGAAGCUGAAGUCGUCCCCGGAGGCUGUGUCUGGCUAUAGCAGUGCACUUGCAGCACUACUAGGAGGGGUCUACCAGUGCCCUCUAGGCAUUCCACACGCAAAAGGAAAGCAAAUCUUCACAAUAGCAGAGGAGUUGUUGAGGACAGCGUCCCAGAACAGUCGUCUGUCUCUGCAGAGAACCCAGUCAGGCUGGCUUCUGCUGGGGGCCCUCAUGACUCUAGGUCAGUCAGUUGUCAAGAACCAUCUUCCCCGCAUGUUGCUGCUGUGGCGAAAUGCCUUCCCACGAUCAAGUCGAGAGCUGGAGUCCGAGAAGGUGCGGGGUGAUGCCUUCACGUGGCAGGUUACGCUGGAGGGACGAGCCGGCGCUCUUGGCGCUAUGCAUAGUUUCCUUCUGUACUGUCGGGAGUUGGUGACAGAAGAUGUCAUUCGCCGUCUGCUGGCACCGAUGGAGUGUGCAUUGCUCAUGUUGUCACACCUUCCAAGCAUCAUCAAGCUGUAUGGUCCCCACCUGAAGGCCAGCGCCGCCAUGGUGAGACUGAGAGUGUAUGACGUGCUGUCACUGCUGCCGCCAGAAUCCUUUGAUGGAAUGUUUCCGAUGCUGUUGCGAGAGCUGGUUGCAGAGUUUACCUUGACCGACAAUCCAGCAACAACAACGACUUCGCUGUUGCGAUCCAUGUGCCACGUUGACGACAGUGUCAUACUGGGGUCAUGGCUGCAAGAGACGGACCACAAGGCCAUUGAGGACCAGAUUGAACCUAAUCGUAGGGUGGAUAAGGAGUUCCUACAGCCCAACAGCGCGUCUGGCUCGGGGGCUCUGGAGCAUGAUGCACAGUAUCUUUAUGCAAGAUGUCCUCCGAGUGAUCCUGUGCCAGGACCGUUGCCACUUGGUGUCGCUGUCAUUGACAGCUCUGUACGAUUGUAUGGGUUCAUCUUCCCCCGAGUAGCACACAAACAUCGAUAUCAGAUGCUCAACCACUUCAAUGAAUGUAUCAAGCAAGCUAAAUCGUCACGGCAACAGGCUGUCCAGAUGAACAUCUUCACUGCAGUGCUGUGUGCACUCAAGAGUCUGUCUGAAACAAAGACAAGCAUCGGAACAGAUGAUGUAAAGAAAGCAGCCUUUUCCCUUAUCAUGGGUGCACUGAGCAGCGCCAACCCUAUCUUGAGAUGUGCAGCUGGCGAGGCCCUGGGUCGGAUGGCCCAGGUUGUCGGGGACAGCAGGUUCAUAGCCGAGAUGGCACAAUACAGCUUUGAUAAAUUGAAGUCUGCAAGAGAUGUAGUGAGUCGGACGGGUCACUCCCUGGCUCUUGGCUGCCUCCACCGCUACGUAGGGGGGAUGGGGUCUGGCCAGCAUCUCAACACCAGCGUCAGCAUCCUACUGGCUCUAGCACAGGACUUCAACUCACCUGUUGUACAGGUGUGGGCUCUCCAUGCCCUAGCACUGAUCGCUGACUCUGGUGGACCAAUGUUCCGGAGCUAUGUGGAGCCGACGCUGUCCCUGGUGCUACAGCUGCUGUUGUCGGUCCCACCGUCAUCCAUUGAUGUUCACCAGUGUCUAGGAAAGUGUCUAUCAGCCCUUAUCACAUCCAUAGGACCAGAGUUGCAGGGAAACAGCGGGUCUAUUGCGACGGCGCGGUUGUACAGCCUGGUGUGCUGUGCAGUGAUGCAGGACCACCCGGACUCCCUGGUGCAGGCCGAGGCCAUCACGUGUCUGCAACAACUACACAUGUUUGCCCCUCGCCACGUCAACCUCACCAGCCUCAUACCCCACCUCUGCGAAAUCUUGACGAGCUCCCACCUGUUGUUGCGGCGGGCGGCUGUAGCCUGUCUUCGUCAGCUGGUGACCCGAGAAGCCAGGGAAAUCAGUGAACAGGCCUUGUCGCUGUCUGGUGAGGGCAAGGAUGGGAAGUCGUGUGCCAACAUCACAGAAACCGGCCUAGAGGGGGCGUUGUUUGGAAUGCUUGAUACAGAAAUAGAUGGGAAGCUGAUAUCGGAUGUGCAGGACACAAUCGACAGCUUGCUGCAGAAUCUUGCCAUUCCAAAUCUUACUCGCUGGCUGAUGCUACUGAAGGAUGUAUUAUCUGCGUCGACAGACACAAGUAGCGCCAGCCCUGGCGAUGAUGACGGAGGUGAUGAUGAUGACGACGAGGAGAGUCAGGACAUUGAUGUCAGGUUCAAGGCUGCGGAAGUAGAGAACGCACAUCCUACAGUAGCACCCAGAUGGCCAACUCGAGUGUUUGCUGUUGAGUGUCUGAGGAAGAUCAUGACGUCCUGUGAGAGUGGUGAAGAUCAGUUUGACCUGGUCAAGGCCAAGGCACUUUCAGAGUCAACAGGAAAACGAUGUUACCUGGCUCUUCAUCUAUCUGACCUGAUCAGGAUGGCGUUCAUCGCAGCAACAUCAGACAGCAACCAGCUGCGAUUGGCUGGUCUAGCAGCUCUUGAGGAACUUGUGACGAAGUUUGCAAGCAUCCCGGAGCCGGAGUUUCCAGGUCAUGUGGUACUGGAGCAGUACCAGGCUCAGGUGGGGGCAGCCCUCCGGCCCGCCUUCUCCCCAGACACACCCUCAGAUGUGACUGCCGCAGCGUGUGAGGUGUGCAGUACCUGGAUCGGGAGUGGGGUAGCGCGGGACCUCAAUGAUCUGCGGAGAGUCCACCAGCUGCUGGUGUCCUCACUCAGCAAGCUGAAGACGGGCAAGUCUCAGUCUCUCUUGUACAACGAAAGUGCUUCCACCAUGGAGAAACUGGCGGUCAUCAGAGCCUGGGCUGAGGUGUACAUUGUGGCGAUCGACCGCGAGCAGGAGAAGCAGCAGCAGACCAAGGAGAAGAUGAAGGAGGAGUACAAUGACCACAGCGGGGAGUCCCUCCUCAGUCUGGUCCAGCCCGAGUUGUCUACCCUUAGUGAGCACUGGAACAACGCCCUCAGGGACCAUGCUCUCCUCUCUCUUCCUUCAGAAUAUUCAAGUCAGCUGCCGACUGAUGGUGGUGCUUUUUACCAUCCUGACACAAUUGAGACAGCACGGCAGCACUACAAGAAAUCCUGGCCGCCUAUCCUGUACGCUUUGUGUGUGUGGUUGAAGGAGAAGGGACUAGGUGAUCCCAUGGGAGAGAAGUCGGGAGAGAGGGAGGGGGUGCCUCAUACAGUCGGCCCCCUCAGUCUGCAGCCGGCUAAUGUUCCAGCCAACAUGAAACCACAGAGUCUCAACCAAGACAGAUUCUAUCUCAUCCUUGGUAUUUGCAUGGAGUCUUUAUGCAGUCCGACAUCUCGCCUGCCCAGUGAGACAGCCGACCAGUGUCUGAAGGGCCUGUAUGCUCUGCUGAAUGCCAAGUGGUCGCGGAGACAGCUCGGAGAGGACCCAACACUCUCCCGAGAACUUCUCAAUGUCAUGCACAGGGUGAUCUUGACUCGGGACACUGUGGCAACACAGCACCUGGCGGUAGACGUGGUCCGGCAGGUGCUCCGGGCAGCACUAGAGAACCUGGAAAUGGAGAGAGUCAAGCUUAAAGAGAAGGAACUGAGCACGCCAAGUACAACCGAGAGCAGUACGGACUCCAUGGACACAACAGACAGCACCCAGGUGGCAGGAGAAGGUGGUGAGACCGGGGACAUCGAGCCAGGGAAGUCCGUGGUGUUUGCCUCCCUGGAAGUCUGUCUGUGUGUCCUGGUGAGACAGAUCCCGGCAAUGAACCCCUCAGCUCCCACUACAGGCUUCCAGAUCCCCACCCACCUGAUGAAGCUGUCGGAGGAGGCGGGGACUCUCAUUUCCUUGGUCAUCCAAGUAAUGGCUGACCUCCCCAGCCUCUGCUCUCCCACAGGUGCUGUAUCAGUUCUACCCACAAUCCUCCACCUAGUUACCAGGGUGAUGCGAGAGGUCGCAGCAAGGUCAGCUGAGAAAAAGGUUCCGGCUGUGAUUGGUGCGUGUCUGCAGGCCCUCAAGUCCCUGUGCACAUCGGUCUACCUGGAGGAUGAGCUGGUGGGGCAGGACUGGCUCCUCAUACUGCAGAGUUCCCUCGCAACCAUCAUACACUACGCAAGACCAGGUGAAGAUUCAGCAGGUCUUGACGAGAGCACUCUCAUCCUGGCCUUAGCAGUCUUCACAAUGUCUUGUCCAAGGGAGAUAACCUCGGUCCCAGCUCUCCUGGAGCCAACUCUCGAGAUAUACAAGGAAGCCUUGCAGUCAGACAACAUUGAGCUGAAGGUCAAAUGUGUUCAAGCCAUUGUCUCGAUUCUUCAACACUCGGACAGUCAGAUUGCCACACCCUAUAUUCAUGCCCUGGCACCAAAAGUGAUUGAGUUCUUGUACUCGAUUUCGACAUCGCGGCCAACGUCGGACUUGGAGCUAACCUUAGUGUUGGAGUCUUUGAGAGUUGUAGAGACGCUGGUGAACCUUGCCGAAGACAGCAAACGUGUGACUCUGCUAGCCCUCCUGGUUCCCAUACUCAUCUCAUAUCUCCUCGAGGAGAAAUCCCUGACCACAGCGGGCCAGCCGUCAAGAAGCCUUCACGGUGAAGCACUACAGAAGAUCAUGAAGAUCGGGCCUUUGUACCAAGAACAAUUCAGAACUGUCAUGAGUAUGUCUGCUGACCUCAAACCUCGGUUAGAAGCUGCUGUGAAGAUUAACCAAGCCGCGAUAACAAGAGCAAAGUCACAACCGACAACCAAGGUUAUAUCAGAACCAGUUAAACCGACUAUUACCCUAAAGACAGAUUUUAGUAAUUUCACUGGAUAGAACUCCGAUUGGAAGAGAUGUGGACUUCAUGCUAUGGAUCUGUCGGAGGUUCACAUCAGAUAUACUUCAAAUUAUGUAUAUAUUUGAAGAAAAUCUUGGGUUUUCGUGAUAUGUGAACAGAGUUGUGUACAGACAGGAUAUUUAUAUGUGUAUGAUAUUCCCUUGCCACGUCAAAUUUGUGGUUUUCGACAUCAGUAGCAAAGAGGCUAUGUAUAUUAUUGUACAUUUCCCUCUGAACUUGCACACCUACGCAAUGUCUAGUCAGCAAGUUUCAAACAUCACGGUUCGAGUAUCCAAACUUGUUAAUUAAUUGUUGAUAUUCCACUGCCAACACUAGAGCUUGACAAUAUUAUAGCGCGAAAUGGUUAGCAUCAUGGACCAUGUUAAUUCAUUCGAAUGCAUACACUGUGUGAACAUAUGGCAAGGACGUUUCUGUUGAUUGAACUUCAUUGAAAUCAAAACCUGAAGAAACCAAUCACUUUUUAGUCACUUUUUAAAUGAUCAAAUCCAUGAUAUAUUACCAAUGGUUGUGUACAGUCAUAUGCUUUUGGAUGUGAAAUUUGGCACAGAGAGACCAUUGUGCUUGUAGGUUUUAGAUAGUAGAUUGUUUCAGCAAAUGUUAAUGUGUCAUGUCUGUUACAACAUUAAUAGAUUCCAUCAGUUAUUUCUAUAACCAUUAUCAUGUAUCAUAAUUCUCUGAAGGAUAUUUUGUGCACCUGUCCUUUUAAAACUUCUAGGUGUCACAUUAUUUAAAAUCUUAUUAUUUUAGAAUAGAUAGAAAUAUCAUUGUCUUACCAUGUCAUGUUUGACUUCAAAGCAAGGCACACCAAUUACUAAACUGGUUUCUUUAUUAAAUAAAUUUGGAUUAUAUUUAUAGCAAAAUAGUCCCUUUUAAGGAUUAUGCCGGAAGUCAGAGAGUUGUUACUCGUUAUUGAUGUUGAACUUUGGUUCUCAGGGAGAAGAAAUUUGCAAACUGAAAAUAUUAAAAAUGGCACCUCCAUUUACCUGUGAAAUUAAGUCUGUAUAUGUUAAUUGUUGAGUUUAUAUAAAAUGAUGUAAAUGAAAUAUUUCUCAUUGAUAUGAUUUGAAAGAGACAUUACAUCUGCCAUUGGUAAGCUACGAAAUUAUGGAAGUGGAUUUUAGCAGUUUGUAUAUUUGUAAAUAGUUGUGAAAGAGAAAGUUGACUGAUUAUGGGGAAAGUAACUUUAUAUAUAAAACCUAUUUUGAUAUUAUACGGGGACAUGUGUUGGAGCUGGUAUCAUUUCUGAUGGGGAAUUAGUUCCAGAUGAUUUCAGAAGACGUGAUUUGUGUUCGUAUCCGAUGAAUGAGAGUGCCACAUGGUUGUAACAAGGGAUCAUGACAUCAGUGUUUAAACUGAAUAAGUCUACGCAGUGAUGGAGUGGCAGUUUAAGUCAGGGUCAAGGAAUGCAUAUCUCAUGAAUGUAUGCAAUGGUUUAGAUUACACUGUUAAAACUCUACGCAAGAGCACACAAUAAAAGCCUGGGACUGGGUAAUGAAUGAAAAGUAUGAGAUGAUAUGUCGUCCAAACUACUGCAAGAUUUCACACACGUAUUUCUCGGCAGACAUGCAGAUCCAUAUAAUGAUAUCCUACAAUUUGGUGAAGUAUAUUUUAACCUCUAUCGAUUUGUAGUUUUAUUAAAUGGUAUCCACCAUCUUUCAUGUUAAACUCUUUGCUUAUAGAAGGAGCAAUAUUUUUUACGAUGAUCUUAAUGUUACCAGAUCAUAACGUGACUAAAGACACUCUUGCAAUGUUCGUAACAUUGUCCUACUAGAUAGGAUUGGAAGCUAUGCUAGUACUGGUGAUUGUUUAAUAGCCAGCUUUAAGUGAAAGGAUUAGUUCAAGUUUAACACUGAUAAGUAGGGAUGAUGAACAAAAACAGUGCAUCCCAUUUAAUGUCUGGUAAAUGCAGCUGUUUUUUAUUCAUGGAAAGAUCCUACAACGAUUGAUUGGGAAAAGAUGUCUGUUUAACUAUUGCACUAGGACAUAAUGGCACUUGCAGUUUCUCCUUCCCCACUGUGGGUCAGCGCUAGUGUUAAUAUUUAUACUGGAGGCAAUUCAGAGUUUGUGCUAUUUAUUAAUGUGAGUUAAUUUUUUAUAGUUUAUUGUUUUUUCUUAUGUAUAUUCAUAUCUUUGUAAAUUCUGUGCAGUUAUACAAAGAUGUUUAUUUUCAAUGUUUUUCGUCACAAUAAAAUAAGACUAGUGCUAAAACAUCAGUAAGAUUUAUUGUGGAUAUGUAUAUGUGACAGAACAGCAGCUUAAAACAGUUUUACUCGUUUUUCUAGAACAGGUCAGAUAAUAAUAUAACACAGUAUGGGUUUAUAUUAAAUGUUAUGAUUUUAUGGUACAUUCCAGUUAUAUAUCUGAGUAGGGUGAACACCAAAAAUAUUUGUUGGCCCUUAAUUUUAGACAUUGGAGAAAUGCAGAAAAAUUGACCUAGGCAUAAAUGUGAUGGAUACUAUCCGAGAUAUUUCAACUUAUAUUGAAUUUCAUUGAAAUUGUAAUAACAAAAAGUCAUCUAUUUUCAACAAAUUAAAAGGGUGUGGUCACAAUUUCAUGUCAUUUAUCAAAUCUGUAAUCACUUUUAGGGCCCAGAACUUUCAUCUGUGAUUCAUGACUGAGUGCUUUCUUAAAGUUUGUAUGUGCUUUUAAUGUUAAGUUUAUGUAAAUAUUGUUGUUGCUAUGUGGAAAAGAGCUUUGUACAAAGUAUUAUGUAAACCCUAUGUGUUAUAUCAUGUGUUUGUACUUUUGUUUGCUAUAUGGAACAAAUUUAUUUGCUUGAUUAAAAAAAAUGCUUAAUUGAGUUUUAAUGAAUGCCUCUGGAAUGUAAAUAAACAUUGAAAUAUCUUACAAUA